AUGCGAGAUGUUCUCCAGUUAGCCUGGGAGAAGGGGUUUAGGCGAGUGAUCUGUGAUGUUGAUUGUGCAGAGCUGGCCUCCAUAAUAACAGAUGAAGCAGCUUCUCAAAGACAUGCAGAGUUUCUUGUGCUUGGUUCUAUUCGUCAGCUUCUAGCACGAGAGUGGAACGUCAGGAUCAAUUGUGUGCAUCGAGAGAGCAAUAUUGUAGCAGACUACCUUGCCAGGAGAGGUGCAGCAGCAAGAUCUUCUGGGGCUUGGGUCAUUGAGUCUCCUGACCCGGAUGUUGAGUACCUUCUCUUGAAGGACUCGUUGUCCAUUCUUUAG